UCAGUAGACAUGGCCGAGGUGUAAUGGUGGGAGGAGCUCGGCUUCACACAUUACUGUGCCUAUAAAACAGCCCCUCCUCCUACAGCAUCGACCAUCGUCUGGGGUCUCUCUCACCAAUAGAAACUGUUGCCUUUACUGUAUCGUGCGUAUCUCACUGUUUCUGCUGCCAUCUGCUCAGCCAUGCUGCCCAGAAGCCGAACGCUUCCGGCGAGGAUCCAUGAGAGUGUUAACGAUGGGAGCCGCAACGAAAGGGCGUAUCUUCAAGUGGAAACACAGCCCAAGAUACAGGAGGACACUGAAAGCUUGAAUCCACAGGUGGCUCAUUCCAAGUGCUUUGACGACGAUGGACGCCUUAAACGAACAGGCACUGUGUGGACUGCAACUUCACACAUAAUCACUGCAGUGAUAGGCUCGGGAGUGCUCUCACUCGCAUGGGCUAUAGCGCAGUUAGGUUGGAUCGCCGGACCAAUUGUCAUGAUCCUCUUCGCCUUCGUCAUCUACUACACCUCAAACCUCUUGUCCGACUGCUACCGUUCCGGUGAUCCUGUCACCGGCCGGAGAAAUUACACGUACACGGAUGCUGUGAGAUCCAACUUAGGUGGAGCAAAGGUAAAGAUUUGUGGAGCAAUCCAGUAUGUAAAUCUCUUUGGUGUAGCCAUCGGAUACACUAUUGCAGCUUCCAUCAGUAUGAUGGCUAUAAAGAGAUCCAAUUGCUUUCAUGCAAGUGGAGGAAAGGACCCAUGUCAUAUGUCAAGCAACAUGUACAUGAUCAUCUUUGGGAUCACAGAGAUUGUGUUCUCCCAGAUCCCAGAUUUUGAUCAGGUUUGGUGGCUUUCCAUUGUGGCUGCUGUCAUGUCCUUCACCUACUCUACUGUUGGGCUCGGCUUAGGCGUUGCUAAAACUGCAGAGAAUGGGAGCUUCCAAGGCAGCCUUAUGGGCAUCAGUAUUGGGACGGUGACCAAAGCAGGCACAGUGACUGCAACCCAAAAGGUAUGGAGGAACCUGCAAGCUCUCGGGGACAUUGCCUUCGCCUACUCUUACUCCAUCAUCCUGAUCGAGAUCCAGGAUACGAUCAAGUCUCCUCCGGCGGAGAACAAGACGAUGAGAAAAGCCACCCUGCUGAGCAUCGUCGUCACCACCGUCUUCUAUAUGCUCUGUGGGUGCAUGGGGAAUGCAGCAUUCGGAGACGAUGCCCCGGGCAACCUGCUCACGGGCUUUGGAUUCUACAACCCCUAUUGGCUUCUCGAUAUCGCAAACCUCGCCAUCGUUGUCCAUCUUGUUGGAGCUUAUCAGGUGUUCUGCCAACCGCUGUUCGCCUUCGUGGAGAAGUGGAGCGCGAAGCGGUGGCCCAAGAGCGAGCUGAUCACCCACGAGUACGAGGCCCGGAUCCCUUGCACUGGCGCCACGUACAAGCUCAACCUGUUCCGGCUGGUGUGGAGGACGGCCUUCGUGGUGCUCACCACCGUCAUCUCCAUGCUCAUGCCCUUCUUCAACGACGUCGUCGGCAUCCUCGGCGCUUUCGGCUUCUGGCCCCUCACCGUCUACUUCCCGGUGGAGAUGUACAUCGCGCAGAAGAAGAUACGGCCGUGGUCGAGCCGGUGGGUCGGCCUGCAGCUGCUCAGCUUCACGUGCCUCGUCGUCUCCCUCGCCGCCGCCUGUGGCUCGAUGGCCGGCGUCGUCCUCGACCUUAAGUCCUACCGGCCCUUCGAGUCCACCUACUGAUGCAGACCGCGGACGAACGAUGCAUGCUUAGUUUACGUUGGUCGUUUUAGUGUGAUCCCUGUGCUAAAUAAAGAUCUUAGUACUUAAUGUUAUGUAUCAGGAGCUUAAUUAAGCAUGAAGGAGGUGAUGCAUUUACACUUA